GGGGAACUUACAAGCAAGCUUACAGAAACGGCACUACUAUGUACAAAAAUUAUUCCACCGUGUUCCGAGUCGGAACCAGUAACCUUCUGUCGCGCGGGGCACUGAACAGAAGUGGAUUAAUGUCAAACAACUCUUAUUCGACCUGUAGAAAGUCAUCAUUAUGCAAUGGCAUUUUUGGGAACAUCACUCCAUCAAUGAUAGGACCUCGGUUAACAGACUUCAAUAGAUGGGCUAGAGUCGCAGGUGUUUUUGCCCACGGUAGAGAGCUUGUCGGUUCAGGGGCGUUUGUCAGCUGUGACCAGAGGAGAUUCCUGUUCGGUAAUAGGGGAAGCGGUGCUAGUGGAUUUUCAGAGGAUGGAUCAGAGAGUGGUUCUGGGGGAGAUGAGACGGGGGGAGACGGAGGGGCAUAUAAUGCCCCGCAGAUGACCGCUCUGACUCCAAUGAUGGUGCCUGAAGUUUUCCCCAACGUGCCACUAAUCGCUGUAAACAGAAACCCGGUUUUCCCGCGGUUCAUCAAAAUUAUCGAGGUAAAGAAUAAACAGCUGAUGGAUCUCCUGAGAAGAAAAGUACGACUCGCUCAGCCCUAUGCUGGUGUAUUUAUGAAGAAAGAUGAUAAUAAUGAAUCAGAUGUCGUUGAAAGCUUGGACGCUAUCUAUCACACGGGAACCUUUGUUCAGAUCCAUGAGCUGCAAGACCUGGGUGAUAAACUUCGCAUGAUUGUGAUGGGUCACAGAAGAAUUCGCAUUACGAGACAGUUGGAUGUUGAACCAGAUGAGCCGGCUGAAGGGUUUGAGCCAGAGGGUGAACAGGGUACACCGAACAAGGCACCGCGGCGCAAACAGAAACGCUCUCGCAAAGAACCGGCCUCUCUCGCUGAAGCCAUGGAGGAGAAAGUGCAGGAGGCUGAGUUUGUGGUCGAGGCGGUGCCUUUACCAAACGUGUCCAGUGACAUCCUCAUGGUGGAGGUAGACAACGUGGUUCACGAAGAUUUUCAAAUCACAGAGGAAGUCAAGGCUCUGACUGCAGAGAUAGUUAAGACCAUUCGUGAUAUCAUCGCUUUGAAUCCUCUGUACAGAGAAUCGGUACUCCAGAUGAUGCAAGCUGGACAGAGAGUAGUGGAUAAUCCCAUAUAUCUGAGUGACAUGGGUGCCGCUUUGACCGGGGCAGAAUCUCACGAGUUACAGGAUGUCCUGGAAGAGACCAAUAUUCCCAAACGGCUCUACAAGGCCCUCUCUCUGCUGAAGAAAGAGUAUGAGCUCAGCAAACUACAGCAGCGCCUGGGCAGGGAGGUUGAGGAGAAGAUCAAGCAGACCCACCGGAAAUACCUCCUUCAGGAGCAGCUGAAGAUCAUUAAAAAGGAAUUGGGUCUGGAGAAAGAGGACAAAGAUGCGAUUGAGGAGAAAUUCAGGGAGAGGCUAAAGGACCGUGUGGUUCCCCAGCAUGUUAUGGAAGUGAUCAAUGAGGAGCUGAAUAAACUCAGCUUGCUCGAUAAUCACUCCUCUGAGUUCAAUGUCACACGAAACUACUUGGACUGGCUGACUUCUAUGCCAUGGGGCACCAAUAGCGUUGAAAACCUGGAGCUGAGCAGAGCCAAAGAGGUCCUGGAGGAAGAUCAUUAUGGGAUGGAAGAUGUUAAGAAACGCAUUCUGGAGUUCAUCGCAGUGAGCCAACUGAGAGGCAGCACACAGGGGAAGAUUCUGUGUUUUUAUGGGCCUCCCGGUGUUGGAAAAACAAGCAUUGCCCGUUCCAUUGCCAGGGCACUUAAUCGGGAGUACUUCCGCUUCAGUGUGGGUGGAAUGACAGAUGUGGCUGAAAUCAAAGGUCACAGGAGAACAUAUGUUGGAGCUAUGCCUGGCAAGAUUAUUCAGUGCUUAAAGAAGACAAAAACAGAAAAUACUUUGGUCCUCAUUGAUGAGGUUGACAAAAUAGGCAGAGGUUACCAAGGUGACCCAUCCUCUGCACUUCUAGAGUUGUUAGAUCCAGAGCAGAAUGCAAAUUUUCUUGAUCACUAUCUUGACGUGCCAGUGGACUUGUCUAAGGUCCUCUUUAUUUGCACUGCCAACGUGAUUGAUACCAUUCCAGAGCCCUUAAGGGACCGUAUGGAAAUGAUCAAUGUAUCAGGCUAUGUGGCCCAGGAGAAGCUUGCCAUUGCAGAGAGAUACCUGGUUCCCCAGCUGCGAUCACUUUGUGGGCUGGAUGAGCAGAAGAGUAAUAUUUCCCCAGAGGCUCUGAAUGUCCUCAUUAGACAGUACUGCAGGGAGAGCGGUGUCAGGAACCUCCAGAAACAAGUGGAGAAGGUGUUCAGAAAAGUGGCGUUCCGCAUUGUUAGUGGUGAGGCCACUCAGGUCGCUGUUACAGAAGACAACCUUCAAGACUAUGUUGGGAAGCCUAUUUUCACAGUGGAUCGUAUGUAUGAAGUCACACCGCCUGGAGUUGUUAUGGGCUUAGCAUGGACAGCUAUGGGUGGAUCCACUCUGUUUAUUGAGACCUCGCUGCGACGGCCGCGGAACUCAGAUGCAAAGGAGGGGCCGAAGGAAGGCUCCCUGGAGGUAACCGGCCAGCUGGGUGAUGUCAUGAAAGAGAGCGCUAAGAUUGCGUACACAUUUGCCAGGUCGUUCCUCAUGAAGAAGCAGCCCGACAACGACUUCUUAGUGAGCUCACAUCUUCACCUGCACGUGCCUGAGGGUGCCACCCCUAAAGAUGGACCAAGUGCAGGCUGCACCAUAGUCACUGCUUUGUUGUCCUUGGCAACCAACACACCAGCACGACAGAACGUGGCCAUGACAGGAGAGGUGUCCCUGACUGGAAAGAUCCUCCCAGUGGGAGGCAUCAAGGAAAAGACCAUUGCAGCCAAAAGAGCUGGCGUAACCUGCAUCAUACUACCAGCUGAGAACAAGAAGGAUUUCUCUGAUCUUGCCGAGUAUAUUACAGAAGGGCUGGAAGUUCACUUUGUGGAACAUUAUGAUCAGAUUUACGAUAUCGUUUUCCCUAUUCGUGAGCUGGAGGAAAUUCUGUCCAGUGAGAGGGACAAGCACCGACGGCAGCUGGACGCUAAAGAGCGGGAGAUGGCGGAGAUGAGGGACCGCAUGCAGCAGCAGCUCAAUGAGUACCAGGAACUGCUGGAUGUCAAACUGGCCCUGGACAUGGAGAUCAAUGCCUACCGGAAGCUUCUGGAAGGAGAGGAGGACAGGCUGAAGCUGUCCCCAAGCCCCUCCUCCCGCGUGACCGUCUCCCGCACCACGGCCAGCAGCAGCUCCUCCCGUUCCUCUCGCGCGAAGAGGAAGCGCGUGGAGGUGGAGGAGUCGUCCGCAGCCAGCGUCCAGAUCAGUCAGGAGGCCCAGGCCACCGGGGGCGUCAGCAUCGAGGAAAUCGACCUGGAGGGCAAGUGCGUCACCCUCAAAAACAACAUGGACAAGGACCAGUCUCUGGGAAGCUGGAGGCUGAAGAGGCAGAAUGACAAUGGGGAUGAGAUUUCUUAUAAGUUCAGCCCGAAGUUUCUGCUCAAGGCUGGACAGACUGUGUCGGUGUGGGGUUCAGAUGCUGGAGUGUCCCACAGUCCUCCAACCGAUCUCUUGUGGAAGAGCCAGAGUUCCUGGGGCACAGGGAAUGAAAUUGUGACCUUGUUGGUCAACUCUGAUGGCGAUGAGGUAGCGAAAAGGACUGUCACGAAAAACAUUGUAGAGGUGGAAAAUGGUGACGAUGAGGAUGGAGACUUUGGAGAAGAAGACCUUUUCCAUCAGCAGGGGGAUCCAAAAGCCCGGUCCAGAGAAUGUUGCGUCAUGUGAAGGAGUGACACACCUCUAUUUUCCUCUUACAGUUCUUUUUUUCUUUUUUGUUUUGUUUUGGUUUU